AUGUCUGUUACAGAUUUGAAAAUAACGGAUGAGAAAGUAUCCUUACAUCACAGCACUGAGAAGGAGAAAACUAUAAGGCAACCUGGUUAUUUCUCUUCGGGAUAUACUGUGAAAAAAAUUUGGGUUGGAAUCUGCUUGCUUCUGGUGGAGAUGUGUGAGAGGUUCACUUUCUUUGAAGUUGUCUGCAAUAUGAUCCCCUUUUGCACUGUCAAGCUUGGCUAUCCCAAUUACCAAGCAGCCAUUUUGAACUUGUGUUUUAUUGGAACUUCAGUACUUAGCCCAGUGUUUGCAGGAUGGCUUGCUGAUGUCUGUCUAGGAAGAAACAAACUGGUAUAUGUUUGCUUAUGUCUACAUUUUCUGGGCUCUGCUUUGUUAUCUGUGGUUGCUUUUCCCUUGGAAGAUUUCUAUAUAGGCACUUACCAUAUGAUUAACAAUAUACCAAAAAAAGAGCAGAGCAGGCUGUUUUACAUAGCGCUAUUAGCCAUCUGCCUUGGCACAGGAGGAAUGAGAGCCAUCGUCUGCCCACUGAGUGCUUACAGCCUUCAGGAGUAUGGAUCCCAGAAACAGGUGUCUUUUUUUAACUGGUUUUGUUGGAUCAUGAACCUGAAAGCAACUGUUGUCUUUCUGGGAAUAUCUUACAUUCAGCACUCAGGGGCCUGGGUCCUAGUUUUACUCAUUCCUUUUAUGUCUACACUUAUGGCUCUGAUAACUCUUCAUAUGAUGCACUGUAACCUGAUUUAUCAGCCAGAAAAAUGUUGCUCUCUCCUGACAACCUUUGGGGUGUUUAUUAAUGCACUGAAAAUAUGCUGUCUGCACUAUUGCAGUCUUGCUAGAGAUGUGACAAGCUGGUUAGACCAUGCCAAGAAAAAAAAUGGUGGUUGCUACAGUGAGCUCCAUGUGGAAGACACAAAAUAUUUCUUCACUCUUCUUCCUCUCUUCAUUUUCCAGCUCCUCUACAAAAUAUGCAUUAUGCAGAUUCCUUCAGGAUAUUAUGUGCAGACCAUGAAUUCCAACCUGAAUUUGGAUGGAUUUCUUCUGCCAGUUGCAGUAAUGAAUGUCAUCAGCAUCCUACCAGUAUUAAUUCUGGCUCCUUGUAUGGAGUAUUUCAGCACCUGCCUCUUUCCCUUGAAGAGAAAUGGAUCAUUUUUGUUGGCAUGCAUUAUCGCUGGAAAUCUUUCUGCUGCAUUGUCUGUGAUGGUUGCUGGCUUCUUUGAAAUACACAGAAAACACUUCCCUCCAGUGGAGCAGCCUCUUUCAGGCAAAGUCCUCACCGUUUCUUCCAUGCCCUGUUUUCACCUGGUUCUUCAGUACAUUUUACUUGGAGUGGCUGAAACACUGGUCAACCCAGCCUUCUCUGUAAUAUACAGAUUUGUUCCGAGUACCAUCAGAGGAACCUCUAUGAAUUUUCUGACACUGUUCAAUGGAUUUGGUUGCUUCAUGGGAGCAUUGCUGGUGGAGUUGGUAUAUCUCAUCUCAGAAGGCAAUUGGUUUCCAAACACAUUAAACAAAGGCAAUUUAGAAAGCUUCUUCUUCUUUUUGGCAUCAUUAACGUUGUUGAACGUCCUGGGAUUCUGGAGUGUUUCACAAAGGUAUUGUAAUCUAAAUCAUUUUAAUGCCCAGAACAUCAGUGAAUGUAAUCUUGAAGAAACACUUCUCCUCCAUGAAAAGUCUCUGAAAUUUUAUGGCAGUACACAGGAAGUUUCUUCGAGUAUUGAUCUUUGGGAGACAGCCCUAUGA